AUGCCCGUUAUGUCUACCCCAAAGUUUCCCGGCCAAGGGCUCGGUGACCCAGUGCUGCUGGACAAGAUAGACCGGCUCCUAGCUCACAACCUCGCUUGUUGUUGUGGGGACCAGUCCAGUGGAAAAAGCUCUGUACUGGAGGGUCUUACCAAAUUACGGUUCCCCAGAGACAGUGGGCUGUGCACUCGGUUUGCUACUCAAAUAAUCUUCCGGCGGAUCAGGGCAGACACAAAGAGGACUAUCAGUGCCUCUAUCGUUUCAGCACCCGAUAAAGACCCAGAGCACGCUUCUCGUUUGGCAGCAUGGAGAGGAGCCAAUAUAGAAUCACUCGACUCCGAAUCCUUCGCUGAAACAAUGCGUGAAGUAAUUUUGCUACUUGAGUAA